GUUGUUGCAUUUCAGCCAAUAGAAACGCAGCCGCUUUAGCUAUAAGAAGGGCGUUCGGCGACCGGUACUCAUUAUUUCAGUUUAGUUCGGCAAAGUUGAUAGAAGUGCAAAAUGAGCGGAAGAGGCAAAACUGGUGGUAAAGCUAGGGCCAAAGCCAAGACUCGCUCCUCCCGCGCUGGGCUGCAGUUCCCUGUGGGCCGUGUUCACAGACUUCUGCGCAAAGGUAAUUAUGCCGAGCGUGUUGGCGCUGGCGCUCCCGUCUACUUGGCCGCCGUGCUGGAGUAUCUGACUGCUGAGAUCCUCGAGUUGGCCGGUAACGCCGCUCGUGACAACAAGAAGACUCGUAUUAUUCCUCGUCAUCUGCAGCUGGCCGUUCGUAACGACGAGGAGCUCAACAAACUGCUCGGAGGAGUCACCAUCGCUCAGGGUGGCGUACUGCCCAACAUUCAGGCGGUACUGUUGCCUAAAAAGACUGAGAAGGCAGUCAAGACAAAGUAAACUGGCUUUGUCUGAU